GCCAUUCUUGCCUCUCUGGCCCGCACCGCCGGCGAGCUGGUAGAUAUCCCAGAGUUCCGCUCGUCGGAGGUCCUUCCGCCGCGGCAGCCAUUGUAGAACAGCAGCCAUGGCUCUGCGCUACCCCAUGGCCGUGGGCCUCAACAAGGGUCACAAGGUGACCAAGAACGUGGGCAAGCCGAGGCACAGCCGCCGCCGCGGGCGUCUCACCAAACACACCAAGUUCGUGCGGGACAUGAUCCGGGAGGUGUGUGGCUUCGCCCCUUACGAGCGACGCGCCAUGGAGCUGCUCAAGGUCUCCAAGGACAAGCGGGCCCUCAAGUUCAUCAAGAAGAGGGUAGGUGGGGCUCCCGUGCGGGACCCGGUCUGGGACUCGGGGCUCAGGCUCACGGCCCCCCUUGCCCGGCAGGUGGGGACACACAUCCGCGCGAAGAGGAAGAGAGAGGAGCUGAGCAACGUCUUGGCAGCCAUGAGGAAAGCGGCAGCCAAGAAGGAUUGAGCCCUUCCCCUCUGUUCACAAUAAAUCUUGCCAAAAACUCGG